AUGAAGGUAUUUAAUUUCGCAUUGAUAGGUCUAUUAGCGGGCAAUUUAGUGGCUGCAACUGAUGGAUUAUCGACAUGGAAAGAGAAAGACGUUAAACACUUUUUAAAGGAUCGUCAAAUAGAUUUCAGCGAGAAAGAGUCGUUCCAAGAGUUAAGCAGGAAGGCGGAAGAGGAAUUUGAAAAUUUGAAAAACAUCCACCGGGAUACUAUUAAGGACGAUUCGCAGCAACAUAUAUUAGCAACUAAUCCGAAGGAUGAAUUGACCAAUAUUUUCCCAGCACAUAUCAAUUGGAAUUACUUGUUUGAGUCCAAUGCUGAACAUGCCAGACUGGUAAAGAAUUGGAUUUUCGAAUCGUGGUCGACCGAAGGCCUUAAGGACUUCUUGACCAAUAAUAAGAUCAAGUUUGACAAGAAUUAUAGCAAGCAAGAUUUAAUUGAUUUGGCGCAGAAGGAAUACGACAAUAUUGCAGAGGGACACGAUGUUUCAGGAUACUACCCUGGCGACUGGAUUUAUCAGGGAUGGAGCGUUGAUCGCUUAAAACAAUGGUUACGAGACCACGAAUUAGAAUUCGACUCCAAGGGCGACAGAGAGAGCUUAUUGAGCAAGGUUAAGCACAAUAAUUAUAUUGCAUCGUUAUCGAAUAUUGACAACAAGGAUUCCUUGUUGGAGUCGCUUGAUUUAGCGCAAGCAAAUAUUUUUGAUAAGGCAGGUGAAAUUAAAGACGAGUUUUUUGAUACAUGGUCAUACGGCCAAUUGAGGGAAUGGUUAUACUACCACGGCUUCAUUAACACCAAGCCCGAUGUUUAUGUUGAUGAAUUGGAUGUGGACAAAUUGAAGAAGAUUGCCAAGUCUCAUCAGAAUUAUUUAGUCUCCGACAUCAAGAGAUGGAGUGAGAAGGCCAAAAAGACAGCUGACCCAUAUCUUUCAAAAGGAGCUGACAAAAAGAAGACCUUUGAUAAUGUCAUCAAUGACACAUUUUUAAUUGGGGUCGAGAAAUGGUCAAAGGAUCGCUUGAAGGAGUUCUUAAGAUCCAGAGACGUUAAAUUUUCACAAUUUGCAUCCAAACAUCAAUUGGUCGAUUUAGUGAAGAGAAGUAAGAAUGUCAAGUUAGCCUAUAAACAAAAUUCCAACCCAGCAUCAUGGUUAGUUGAGAAUUGGUCCACCGAUAGAAUUAGGGAGUGGUUAGAAAACAAGGGCGAGAAUGUUAAGGGUACUAGAGAAGAUUUGAUUGAUGGCAUUAGUAACUAUGUCCUGCAACAUUCAUUAGCUCCUAGUGAUACGUUUGAUUUCCUGGCAAAUUUGUAUAAGCCAGAUUUAGAUGAUUAUAAGAAAUCAUUUAAGGAAUCUUUCGAUAAGAUCAAUGAGAACGUUAAAGAAAGUGGAGGAAAAGCUAAGGAAGCUCUUGAUUCUUCGGUUGCUGACAAAACUAUGCUAGCCGCCUAUUAUAUUGGUGCCGAAUACUAUAAGCAGGCUGCAAAAACCCUCGGUGAGAAGUACUCCGAAUCCAAGUUUUCGUUAGAUGAUGCCUUAUCUCAGGCUAAGGAUGCAUCAUAUGAAUAUGCCAACCGAUUUGUUGAUGAUGCUUCUAGUAAGUACGCUGACAAUAAACCAGUUGUAGAAGAACAGGUGAAAAACGCAGGAAUCGCUGCUUCCGAAUUUGCAAAUUCUUUAAGUAAUUCUUUAACUGAACAGCUCAAAUCAGGCAAAGCUAAAUUAACUGAGGUUACCAAUGAUCCUCAAGAAUAUUUGAAGAGCGUUAAUGAAUUUGUCGAGCAAAGCAUCAAGGAAAAGAAACCAAUAGCUGAACAGGCUGCCAAAGACGCCUACAGAGUUGCACAAGACUACCUUGCGUCUGCGAAUGAUGCCAUAGUAAAGAACUACGGUGAGUACAAGCCAGCAGCUGAGGAUGCUAUGAAUACCAUUUACGGAUCAGCCAAGGAUUACGCCGAUUCUGCUAACGAAGCCCUCGAAAAGGGCUACGACCAGUACAGACCAAAGGCCGUCGAGGCUGCGGAGAAAGCAAAGGAAUAUGCUGAUGCCAUAAACGAGGCAGUGGGCAAGAACUUUGAUGAAUACGAAGGAAAACUUCAAGACGCAUAUCAAGCUGCAUCUGACGCCGCUAGUGCCGCCUAUGCGGAAUACAAGCCUAUAGUCGACAACACCGCUAAGGGUGCUUACGACACCGCAAAGCAAUACGCCGGCAGUGCAAACGAAGCCAUCCAGAGUACCUACGCCGAAACUAUGCCAAAGGUUGAAAAUGCGGCCAAAAGCGGCUGGGAAUACCUUUUAGUCUCCUACUCCAACGCGGACUUGAGAUCUUACUUACAAUCCUUUGGCUACAAUUUCAACCUUUUAUCUAGCUUAACUCGUCAACAGCUUGUCAAACUAGCUAAUGAACAAUCUGACAUCUUUUUUGGUUCCGACACAAAGUGGGAUAAAUCCAUAGUCGAUGUGUUGAAAGACACCUCGAACGGUUUCCAAGAAAUGAUAGGCUUAAAGCCAAAGGAAGAAGAGUCCAUAUGGUCAAAAGUAAAGAACUCUCUUUUCUAG